CUAUGCCGAGCUUUUCGAUGACCUUUGGAUGAACUUGUGCCUUGUCGAUUUUUUGGAAUCAGAUCUGAUUGUCUUCAAGCCAGAUAGUAUCCCCGGACGUUUGCCUAAUCGCCUUCAUCGGUCAAUGAAGGCGAUCAAUGGAUGGCUGGUUAUGAAGACCACAUUACAACACUUCUCCUCGCAUCCUUCAGCUUUCCUUUAUACCUUCUUGCCCCCCCCCUUGGCUCUCCCUCAGAAGGGGGGCAAAGAGACAGUAUUUUAGUCCCAGAGAUUUGUACUCGAUAUCGCUUCAGGGACAUCACAAACCCCACAAGGCCCUCCCCCUUCCACGAUCAAGAGCAUCUGGGAACGCGGAAAAUUAGAUUGGAAAAACCAUUCCAUCCCGAUCUUCAAUCUGAAGUGGCCCUACGCUCUCAACUUCCAUUUGUGAGUACCAACCCCCGAUCCGUGGCCCAACGCUAUGUUCAUAGACACUUCUUAGAUCAUGGAUUGCCCUUCAUGUCGUAUUCUUGUCAUUGGUUCGCCUUCUCUCCACUCAGUUGUUACUAUAACGUAUCUUUUGUCGAUCGUCGCACACCCUGCCCGGCCAAUCUGUUGAACAUCUGCACAAGUUGGUUUUCCAACUCCCGAUGGCCAACUUGCUUCGGUUUUUCUGACAUUCUCUGGAGGGAAUUAUAACAUCGUCGCUUGUGCCUAUGAUAACUGGACCGUUAGUCGAUUGGCUCGGCUUCUCAUACUCGGCGCCACUCCAUCUGGACUGCUUGUACAAUCCAUUCCAUUG